ACAAAACACGGUCCAAGUGUUCUUGUCGGACAUUUUCUCUUGUAUGCAAGUAUUUGUUUUCUUUAUUAGCCAGAAGAACUUGAACCUGAAGAACGAUGGCAGCAAUUGUUACUGGUCUGAUCCCCAUCCUCCGCACUGCAGUGGACGCCACCACCACCUACAAAGGUCGCACCGUGUGGUUUGGCUUUCUCUGUAUUCGCCUCAUGACACUUUUUGUUGCUGAAAUGCCUUGGUUUAAACUGGACUCGGACUUCAGCUGCAACGUUACCAAAGACAGCGUGUGCACUAGAGCCUGCUUCAACCAACACUUUGACAAGCCUGUGGUAAUGGCUUGGAACUAUAUUUUUGUCCUCCUCAUCCUGUCCGUCCUGCUCAUGGAGCUCUUCACUGCUCACGUACACUCAGUUUUCCAGAAGAGGAGCUCUAAAGAGAAGAAUGGAGUGGAACUUGAAUCUCUGGGCGAGCUGAAAAGUGCAAGUGACCCCGGCAAUAACACAAGUGGGGCAAUGAUUUUAGACAUGCACGGAAGCAGGAACGCUGUGCUCUUCUACCUGUUCAGUGUUAUGCUACGGAUUUUGGUGGAGUUUUGGUUUGUGUAUGUUCUGCUUUAUUGGAAUUUGCCUAAACUAAACGAAAAGGUGAUCAACUGUAAGAGUAUUGUCAAAGGAUGUCCAGAACAGGAUUGUUUGGUAAGGUCUACGGCAGAGAAAUGCAUGUCUAUCUAUGCUCUGGUGUCCAUUUCUAUUCUGGUCAUUAUCAGCAGUUGUGUAUUCUGUGUCUACUUCAUUGGCCACUACCUCUGUAACUGUUGUUCCAAAGGACCCCACAAUGUGGAAAGUCAUGGUUGUCAAAGUAGGUUUUAGUAAGUUUAGAACAAGUAUGUUCUUCCAUUCAUGUCUUUCUUUUUGUUUUGCUAAACAUUUUCAAUCAAGUGUAACUUUUGUGUCAAAUCGUUUGAAUAGCGUUGUUGAAUUUUGCU